AUGGUGCGCCUACGAGAUAUUCCCCGAACGGCCACCUUUGCGUGGUCGCCUGGUGCCGGAAACCCUCUGGUGGUUACCGGUACUCGCGCUGGUGCUGUUGAUGCCGAUUUCUCCGACGAGAGCAAGCUUGAGCUCUGGGACUUGUCCCUGGACGACAAGGAACAGGGACUGGAGCUUCAGCCAAUUGCGAGCAUUACCACUGACGCCAGGUUCUACGAUAUUGCAUGGAGCCCUCCCGAUGCUGACCACCCACAAGGCAUAAUCGCCGGAGCUAUGGAGAACGGCUCCCUUGAUCUUUGGGACGCUGCUAAGCUGCAAGCCGAUGGGAGUGACGCCUUGAUGUCGCAAACGACAAAACACACCGGUGCGAUCAAGACACUUCAAUUCAACCCCCUCAAGCCGCAGAUUCUAGCCACAGCUGGCGCCAAGGGCGAAAUUUACAUUUACGAUGUCAAUGACAUUGCCAACCCCUUCCGCCUCGGCAAUGCUGCUGCGCGCUCCGAUGAUAUCGAAUGUCUCGCCUGGAACCGCAAAGUUUCCCAUAUCCUCGCUACUGGCGGAGCAGGCGGCUUUGUAACGGUGUGGGAUCUCAAGACUAAGAAGGCAUCUCUCACGUUGAACAACAACCGCAAAGCUGUCAGCGCCCUUGCCUGGGACCCCAACAACUCUACAAAGCUCCUGACUGGUACGCCAGACGACAACACUCCCGUUAUUCUUCUAUGGGAUCUUCGCAACUCCAAUGCACCAGAGAAGACACUGCAGGGCCACGAGCAAGGCGUCCUAUCGCUUUCCUGGUGUACCCAAGACAGCAGCAUCUUGCUUUCAUCUGGUAAAGAUAACAAGACCAUGGUGUGGAACCCUCUUACGGGCGAGCGCUACGGAGAACUUCCUGAAGUCACGAACUGGACCUUUCAAACACGCUUCCAUCCGCAAAACCCCAACUUAUCGGCUACUGCUAGCUUUGACGGCAAGAUCACAAUCCAGACUUUGCAAAACACGAACCCCGACACUUCGAAGACGGCCAUUGAUAACAACCUAGAUGGCGCCGACUUUUUCAGUGCUGCUCAAACGCAACCUCAGGGCGCAUCGUGGUCCUUAAACAAGGCACCCAAAUGGUUUGAGCGCCCUGUUGGUGCUUCUUUCGGAUUCGGUGGCAAGAUUGUUAUUUUUAAGCCUACACCGGGCCAGGAGAGAUCCUCCAAAGUUGUCAUCUCGCAGUUUUCUGCCGAUUCUGACUUUUCAUCGGCCACCGAGAAGUUCCAAGAAGCUCUUGCCUCCGGCGACCUGUCUGCCAUUUGCGAAGAGCGCAUGGAGAAAUCAAAGACCGACGAGGAGAAAGCCGACUGGAAGGUGAUGCAGACACUGAUCGGCGAGAACCCCCGUGGGAAGAUUGUCGAGUACCUCGGUCUCAAGUCAGAGGCUGGCGAGCAGCCAGCGUCCGAGGAAGCAAAGACGGAAGGCGAGGAAGCGGCCGGCGAAGCGGCCGGCGAAGAGGCUGUCGCUGAAGAGAUCACCGGCGAAAAGAAGAAGCUGUCCAACUUCUUCGAUGGUGGCGAGGAAAAUGGCGAUGACGACGAUUUCUUGUCUGGUGUUGCCGCGACAAAGGGUGCCAAAACUGACAACCCAUUCCAUCUGUUUGCCGACAGCGACACUGCUGUUGAGAAGGAUAUUACAAAGGCACUCAUGCUGGGCAACUUCACCAAGGCCACUGACAUCUGCCUGAAGGAGGACCGCAUCGCCGAUGCUUUCGUCAUUGCCAACUGUGGUGGCCAGGAGCUUGUCGACAAGGUUCAAGCUGCUUAUCUCGCUCGCAAGACUGGAUCUCCUAGCUACAUUCGCCUUCUCGGAUCUGUCAUCGAAAAGAAUCUUUGGGAUGUCGCAUACAACGCGGACCUCAAGAGCUGGAAAGAGACAAUGGCUAUCAUCUGCACCUUCUCGGAGCCUACCGAGUUCUCCGACCUCUGUGAGGCUCUUGGUGAUCGCAUCUAUGAGAGUGGCGAGCGCAAAGAUGCCUCUUUCUGCUACCUCGCUGGUUCGAAACUCGAGAAGGUCGUGUCAAUUUGGACUGCAGAGCUGGAGGAAGCUGAGCAGGCUGGCACCAAAGACGCGUCGUCACAGGACUCGACCUUUUCGGUUCAUGCCAGAACGCUGCAGAAUUUUAUCGAAAAGGUUACGGUCUUCCGCCACGUCAGCAAGUUUGUUGACAACGAAACGAGCGAGACUGCGGGCUGGAAGCUAGCGGCUCUGUAUGACAAGUACACUGAGUACGCUGAUAUUCUCGCUGGCCACGGCCAGCUUGACGCUGCUCAGCGCUACCUUGAUCUCCUGCCUAGCACGUAUCCUGCUGCUGAGGGUGCUCGUAGCCGGGUCAAGCAGGCCACCCAAAAGCCAUCCACCAAGGCUAAUGCCAGGAUUGCUACAAGAACCUCUAGCGCUGUUCCUCAGACACAACCUGCUUACGGCUAUCCUACUCCCCAGCCUCAGUCUCAGCCUCUGGGAACCACCGGCGCUGCCAAUCUUUACAGCAACAUCAACACUAUUCCUACGCCCCAGCCGUUCCAACCUCUGCAGCCCCAGCAGCCUCAGCAGUCACCGUAUGGAGGCAAUCCAUACCAGCCAUCAGGCAUGUACCAGCCGCCUGUUCAAAGCUAUACAUCCCCAGCACCGCCGCCCGUUUCUGGACCUCCUCGCGCCGGAACCCCAACCAUGUCGACGAUGCACAGUGCACCUAAGGAUAGCUGGAACGAUGUCCCUCUGGUGACAAAGGCUGCACCCUCUAGACGUUCAACUCCAAGCGCACCGCCCCCAGUAGGUCCAUAUGGCGGACAGCCUGGUCAACCAACACCGCCCGGCCCUCCCACUUAUGGUGCGCCUCCCAAAGCCAGCCCCCCCCCUCCUCCCAAGGGCUCUGCUCCUCCUCGUGUCACUUCGCCUUUGGCUGGACCGCCCCAGACAUUCCAGGCUCCUCCUCGUCCCUCGUCGGCAGCCAAUCAGUACGCUCCUCCACCUCCGCAAGUUGGUGCCAGCCCUCAGAUGGCAAAUCUCGUUGCGCGAACUGCCUCCCCCUAUAACGCCCCUCCCGCUGGCGCCCCUCCUUCGAACAGAUACGCCCCGACACCUUCUGCGCAGCAGCCCAGCCCGGGUCCUCCCACUGGGGGAUCUAUGCUGCCCCCGCCACCCGGCGGUAGCAUUCCCCCUCCUGCCAACCCAUACAGUCAAUUCGCGCAGCCGCCAGCUGCUCCUCACGGAGCAAACCCCUACGCCCCAACCAACAACUUCGGCUCGGCCCCGGGCGCACCUCCUCCUGCCUCAGGCCCUCCUACUGGACCGCCACCCAUGGGCCGACCUGGCCCUCCUGCGGGCGCUACACCCACGCCUCCUCCCCCCAGGGCCGCCGCUGCACCUCCGUCCAAGGGCAAGCACCCUCCUGGUGACAGAUCUCACAUCCCGGCUAGUGCUCAACGUCUUGUCGAGAUCCUGACGGAGGACAUGCAGCGCGUUGCAGCCAAGGCCCCGGCUACCUUUGCACCUCAAGUUAAGGAUACCCAGAAGCGGCUAAACCUGCUUUUUGAUCACCUCAACAACGAGGAGCUUGUGUCGCCUUAUAGUGUUUCUAAACUCUCGGAGCUUGCCGAGGCUCUCAAGUCCAAGGACCACCCAACGGCCGCCAAAAUGCAGGCUGAGCUUCAGCGCGAAAGAGUCGAAGAAUGCGGCCAAUGGAUGGUCGGCUUGAAGCGUCUCAUAAACAUGAGCAAAGCGACUCCUUAG